AUGGCUAUUCAUCCUCAUCGUCUGGUGUUAAUGUUUCACAUCAUUCUCUUACUUUGGCAAAUCGAAGCAUCACAAAUUUUAUGUCCAAGUAGCUGUGGCAAUGUGAAACUAUCAUACCCUUUGGGAAUCGGUGAAGGCAGCUACCUCAAUAAGUGGUUUGAAGUAACUUGCGACAACUCUUCUAGCUCUCCAAGGGCUUUCCUAAACAGCGUCCAUCUAGAAUUAAUUGGAAUUCUUCGUUCUUCUUCCUCUAUAAUCGUCAACUGCCCCCGCAAUUCAAGCAUCAACCUGUCCGGAAGCCCGUUUUCUUUUCCGAAUACAGACAAUAUAUUCACUGCCAUUGGUUGUGAAAAGUACCUCAAUCUCAAUAAGAAAGAUUCAACCCUGAGUCACUGUCACUCUUUUUGUACUUGUGAUCCUACGAAAUAUGUUGAUUGCUGUGAUUUCCUAUGCACCCUUCCUCAAAACCGUAAGGUUGAAAAUGAAAACAUAUCAGAAAUUUAUUCUGAAAGUUUUCCCAGGGAAUGCAGUUCUGCCUUCAUAGUUCAUAAAGCUUGGCUUGAGUCAAACUACCUAAAAAACCCUUAUGUUUUGCAACAUAAAGAAGUCGUUCCGACAAUUCUGGAAUGGGGAAAAUAUGGAGGUUCAUGUGUGGAACUUUAUAAGUCACACAAAACAAAUUGCAACAAAGAGGAUUACUGUGUAAUACAACUAAACUCAGACUAUUUUUGUCUUUGCGAUAAUCAGAGAUCAAACAGCCAUGUAGGAUGCGAAGGUAGAGGUGGCUUGCUUUGUGUUUCGAAGAACGAUAGCGAUUGCUCCGAAUGUCCUUAUGGUUAUGAACCUUAUCAAAGUGAAGAUGAAGAAACAUGGUGCUCUCCUUCACGAAGUUUCAGUGCUGGGCUUGGAAUGGUGUUACUUAUCUUUGUAACACGGUGGUUGUACAAGUUCAUACAAAAACGGAAAGCAAUCAAAAUGAAGCAGAAGUUAUUUACAAGAAAUGGUGGGAACGUUGAGAAAACAAAAUUUUUUACCUCAAAGGAAUUGGAAAAAGCCAGGGACAAUUAUCAUGCCAAUCGAGUUCUUGGUGAAGGUGGUCAAGGCAUUGUGUAUAAAGGGAUGUUGUCGGAAGGAAGAAUUGUAGCUAUUAAGAAGUCCAAGAUAGUGGAUGAAAGUAAAAUUGAAGAAUUCAUUAAUGAGGUCAUAUUACUAUCACAAAUUAGUCACAGAAAUGUAGUUCAACUAGUAGGGUGUUGCUUGGAAACAGAAGUGCCUCUUUUAGUCUAUGAGUUCAUUUCUAAUGGAAAUCUCUUUUAAUAUUUACAUAACCAAAAUGAGGAGUUUCCAUUCACAUGGGAACUACGAUUACUAAUUGCCUUUGAAGUUUCGAGUGUGCUAACCUAUUUGCAUUCAGCUGCUUUCGUACCUAUAUAUCAUUGAGAUAUUAAGUCCACAAACAUACUUUUGGAUGAAAAAUUUCGAGUAAAAUUGUCGGAUUUUGGAAUUUCAAGAUCUAUUGCAAUUGAUCAAACUCAUUUGAUCACUCAAAUAAAAGGGACCUUUGGGUACCUUGAUCCUGAGUAUUUCCGAUCGAGUCAAUUUACUGAGAAAAGUGAUGUUUAUAGUUUUGGAGUAGUUCUUGCAGAACUUUUAACUGGACAAAAGCCAAUUCGUUCAACUGAUAUUGAGGAAGAUAGAAGUCUUGCCUUAUAUUUUCUACAUGCCAUGAAAGAGAAUUGUCUAUUUGAAAUCCUUGAUGCUGGAGUUAUGAAAGAAGGUAAAAAAGAAGAGAUCGCAACAAUUGCCAGUCUUGCAAGAAAAUGUCUGGACUUAAAUGGGAAAAAUAGGCCUUCAAUGAGAGAGGUAGCAAUCGAAUUGGUUAGGAUCAUGAGAGCUUCAAGAUGCGGUUCAAGUAUGCACCAUAUCACUAUUGAAGAGACUAAUUUUGUUCACGGUGAAUUAACUACUUCCUUUGAGAAUAGUUUAUCCUCUGCUAGAUAG